GAAGAAGAAGAAGAGAGGAAUUUAGUGAGAGAUGGUGGUGAGGAAAGUGGGGAAGUAUGAGGUGGGAAGGACGAUCGGAGAAGGAACAUUCGCCAAAGUCAAGUUCGCUCAGAACACCGAGACUGGCGAGAGUGUCGCCAUGAAAAUCCUCGAUCGAAGCACCAUUAUCAGGCACAAGAUGGUCGAACAGAUUAAGAGGGAGAUAUCCAUAAUGAAGCUUGUCAGACAUCCUUAUGUUGUCCGUCUACACGAGGUUAUAGCAAGCCGGACAAAGAUCUACAUAAUCUUAGAAUUCAUCACAGGUGGCGAGUUAUUUGAUAAAAUAGUUCACCAUGGACGACUUAGUGAAGCUGAAGCUCGUAGAUACUUCCAACAGCUGAUCGAUGGUGUGGAUUAUUGCCACAGUAAAGGAGUAUACCACAGAGAUUUGAAGCCUGAAAAUCUUUUGCUAGAUUCCCAAGGAAAUCUGAAAAUUUCAGAUUUUGGACUUAGUGCAUUACCUGAACAAGGAGUCAGCCUUCUUCGGACAACUUGUGGAACUCCUAACUAUGUUGCACCUGAGGUUCUUAGUCACAAGGGUUAUGAUGGUGCUGUGGCAGAUGUUUGGUCAUGUGGGGUCAUCCUUUAUGUGCUGAUGGCAGGUUAUCUCCCGUUUGAUGAGGUUGAUCUCACCACGCUGUAUGGAAAGAUUGAGACAGCAGAGUUUUCAUGUCCAUCUUGGUUUCCAGUUGGAGCAAAAUCUUUGAUUAAUCAAAUUCUAGACCCAAACCCUGGGACACGUAUUCGGAUUGAGGAGAUUAGGAAUGAUGAGUGGUUUAAAAGAGGUUAUGAUCCUGUCAGACUUCUUGAAAAUGAAGAUGUUAACCUAGAUGAUGUGAAUGCUGCUUUUGAUGAUCCUGAGGAAGAACAAGCUAAUGAGAGCAGGAGUGAGGAUGUGGGGCCUCUUGUUCUUAAUGCAUUCGACCUAAUUAUUCUCUCUCAAGGCUUGAACCUUUCAUCAAUAUUUGACCGUGGGCAGGAUUCUGUGAAGCAUCAAACACGCUUUGUUUCCCAGAAAUCAGCGAACGUUGUUUUAUCGAGUAUGGAAGUAGUUGCACAAUCAAUGGGUUUCAAGACACAUAUUCGUAAUUAUAAGGUUGAGCAGUUGAACUUGGUAAAUUCAGCCAGUUUCCUGAUGCAGUACUUAGUCCAAUAUCCCCAAAAGUUGAUCAACUAAUGACGUGAUACUAAAAACUAAAAAGUCAUGUAUGUUUUCUGAACUCAUUCAAAAUUGAAACUCCUUUCAGAUGAGGGUGGAGGGUCUCUCAGCCAAUAAGACAUCUCACUUCUCGAUAAUUCUGGAAGUGUUUCAAGUUGCCCCCACAUUUUUGAUGGUAGAUAUUC